GCACUUUCUGGCGUGGGUAGAGCAACCACCGCCAGUAGUAUCGCGGUGACGAGCAGACGCGGUUGUCUUCUACCUUUCUCGCCGAUCUUUCCUCGGUUUUCGUUCAGUAUCCGCUACGGCCACCUUCGAAACGACGUUCAUCAAUCGGCACAAAGAUUUGAGAAAGGAAGCUGAGCUGAAGCGUUUGCGGCUGUUGGCCACUGAAGACCACGAUUAAGAUGUGAACCACGACGGUUCGUUUCCGCAACAUACGGGACCACAUUGUCUUUGUCAUAAGGAAGAACGAAAUCGAACGUGUUCAUGGCUCGGACUACGGUUUCCCCGUCUUCGUUCUUAUUUUCGACCUCAUGGACCACGCCGUCCGUCUCGAACGUCCUCAAGGACACUUUCGGCAUCGUUUCGACCACACAUUACACGAGCAUCGAAAAGCAAACAAACGCGGAAGAAAAGUACACGCCGUAUGAAGAUCGACCGGAAACAUACUUCGUGCCAAUCGUGUUCCUGCUGAUUCUUGUGAUCGGGCUUACAGGAAAUGGCGUGCUCGCGCUCACCAUACUGCGCCACAGUAACAUGAGGAACGUUCCCAAUAUUUAUGUCUUUUCGUUGGCGCUCGGAGAUCUCUUGGUGAUUCUUACGUGCGUACCAUUCACUUUCACCGUAUAUAUUGUGGAUUCUUGGCCUUUUGGACUCGUGCUCUGCAAGGUUUCCGAGUGCGCCAAGGAUAUCUCCAUCGGAGUCUCUGUCUUCACUCUAACGGCACUAUCCGCGGACAGAUUCUUCGCUAUCGUCGAUCCGAUGAGAAAGCUCCACGCCUCGGGUACAGGAAGGCGAGCAACGCGUUUCACGGUGAUCGUCGCUUCCUUGAUUUGGGUAUUAGCCAUUAUGUGCGCCAUCCCGAGUUCCUUCUCCUACAUCAGGGUUUUCAAAGUGAACACCAACGUGACCUUUCAAGCCUGCUACCCGUAUCCUGCGGAGUUUGGACCGAAUUAUCCGAAGACGAUUUUGGUCUGUCGGUUCUUCAUAUACUACGCUGUGCCGCUUAGUAUUAUUGCUUUCUUCUACAUUCUUAUGGCCAGACAUCUGAUUCACAGUACUAGGAAUAUUCCUGGCGAAAUGCAGUGUCAGCUAAAGCAGGUGAAAGCUCGUAAAAAAGUGGCGAAGAUGGUGAUGGCGUUCGUGAUCGUUUUCGCAGUAUGCUUCUUCCCGCAACACGUGUUUAUGCUAUGGUUUUACAUCCACCCAACCGCCCAACAGGAUUACAACACAUUUUGGCAUUAUUUCCGGAUUCUUAGCUUCUGCCUGGCAUUUACCAAUAGCUGCAUUAAUCCCAUCGCGUUGUACUGCGUGAGCAGCACGUUUAGAAAAUAUUUCGACAGGUAUCUGCUUUGUUGCGUGCCGAGAAGGAUCCGCAGACGGCGUCGUUGUUCGUCGGACUUGAGCUCCCGGGGACGAGGUCAAAGUUUCUCGUUGAUAAGCUCCAAAAGGUACGAUUCUCGACGCGGUCAACGAAACACCAUGCACAUGUCCAUCUUUGGAAACGACACCAGGACCAGUGGCCCGAUCAAGGAACAGGAGACGACCAUUAGUCUGACCGCGUGUCCUAACGGUAUCGAGGAUGGACUGAAAAGCCAGCAAAAUUCCACGACGGAGCAGUCGAACAUUCGCGAAUGUUCGUUAAACUCCAAGGACUGAAUAAUUCAGCGAUUUUUCAGCAACCAAUGAUCACGCCUGUGUGUAUUCUUUUCAUUUGGAAAACACUAUUCGUGUCGAUGGUCCAAUAACUCUUAAGCGAAGAUCACAGGCGAAAGAUACAUUAAGUCGCAUUUCUCACAUUACUCGGGAGAAUAAUUUUGAAAUUCUGUACAUUGUUAGAAAUUCGAUGUCGAGACUAGCUCUUCAUUUAGCUCUGGGAUUAAUCCAUUAAGAAGCAAUAUUUGCUAUCGCUGUCGAUCAAUUUAUUUAUUGAAUUUCCUUCUUUAAUAUUAUGGCUGUGAAAGGGAACUCUAAGAAUUUCCUUGAUACCUUUUUCGUCGUUAUUUAUUGCAUCCAGAAAUAUGAAACAAAUGCUUGCAGUUCCUUUUUGCGAUCACAAAAUGAAUUUUAUAGAAUUCAACGUUGGAUCUUAAUGGAUUAAAUCGACCAAACGGCUCGACAUCCUAAGUUCUCCAAAGGCUAAAAAUCUUUGAAUCUAUCAAAUUAUUCCCUUCCUUUGAAGAUUUCAUAUUAAGAUUUCAUAUUUAAGAGAUCCUUUUAGCCACUAUCUAGAAGCGGCAUGAAAACAUCAAAAAAUGGACUUAUCAUAUUUUUCUCCCACAUUCUUAAAGCCUUAAGCUUUAGCUCCAAUUUCUGAGAGAGAGAGAGAGAGAGAGACAGAGACAGAGACAGAGAGA